CUUUACUGCAAGUUACAAUUUCACUUAGCAAAGUUGAGCUCAGUGUGGGUGAAUCCAAGUUCUUCACAUGCACAGCCAUUGGUGAGCCUGACAACAUAGACUGGUACAAUCCACAGGGAGAGAAGAUCGUUUCUAGUCAAAGAGUAGUUGUUCAGAAAGAAGGUGUUCGAUCACGCCUAACCAUUUAUAAUGCAAAUAUAGAAGAUGCUGGUAUAUAUCGGUGUCAAGCAACAGAUACUGAAGGACAAACUCAAGAAGCUACUGUAGUUUUGGAAAUUUAUCAAAAGCUCACUUUUCGAGAUAUAAUAUCUCCACAAGAGUUCAGGCAGGGAGAAGAUGCAGAAGUUGUUUGCCGUGUUACUAGUUCUCCUGCUCCCGUUGUCAGCUGGUUGUAUCGGAAUGAGGAAGUCACAACUAUUGCUGACAAUCGAUUUGCAGUAUUAGGAAACAAUAAUCUCCAAAUUCUUAACAUCAAUAAAAGUGAUGAAGGAGUGUACAGAUGUGAAGGAAGAGUGGAAGCGAGAGGAGAAAUUGACUUUCGAGACAUAAUGGUUAUUGUGAAUGUUCCCCCUACAAUUAUUCUGCUACAGAAAUCUUUUAAUGCCACUGCAGAUCGAGGGGAGGCAAUAACUUUGUUCUGCAGAGCCACUGGAUCACCUCCACCUGAAAUCAGUUGGCAUAGGAAUGGUAAACUUAUUGAAGAAAAUGAAAAAUAUGUGCUGAGAGGUAGAAAUAUGGAAUUAACAAUAAGAGAUAUUAAAAAUAUCGAUGCAGGUCCUUAUAUCUGUAAUGCUAACAACAAAGCAGGAAAUGACAGAAAACAGACCAUCCUUCAAGUUUUUGUGCAGCCUCAAAUAAUACAACUUAAAAAUGAAACCGUGUUUGAGAAUGGGAAAGCCACCCUCAUUUGUGAAGCAGAAGGAGAACCUAUCCCAGAGAUUACUUGGAAAAGGGCCAUUGAUGGAAUGACUUUCACUGACGGUGACAAG